GCGAAGGUUGGCUCGGCUGUCAGCAUUACCCAGGAAGGUCGGUAUCAGGGUUAUAUUGGUUCAUGGUCUAUAAUGCAACAUUUCCGGAAAUCCUUCUGUCAACCAUGUGUCACAAUCCUAUUUUUGAGUCAUGUCAACGUUGUGACGAUUCUCAGUGUACACUGGUUAAUGCAAUACACGUUCCUUGUAACGUUAACCAUCAUGUAUACUAAUGCAUUACUACCCCCCAGGUUGUUGUGGUAUAUCUGCAUGCACUCCAAUACCCCCCAUCCUGAUACGACCGUAGGGCCAGAUGAUCCCACUUGGUGGCCCCUCAUCAGUUAUUCUCUUCUUUACAGCUAUUUUGUAGGUUCGUAUAGAGCAAUUUCCAGGAUGCCAAUGGUGAUAUCUCAACAUUUUUGACUAUCGCUUCGCAGCUGCAAGCUCUACUGUGAUGGUAUACGACUGGGGUAAGCGAGACAAUAUGUUCCGAGGGAUCAUUGAUAUAUAUACAGUAUUUAAGCAUUAACAUUCGAGCAAGAGGUAAGUUGAU